AUGGUGGUUCUUCCAAAGGAAGACAUUUUACUUUCACGUAAAACAUUCUUAACACAAGAACAAUUUGAUAAUAUUCAUCAAUUUUCACCACCACCAAAAUCAUCUAUUAUUAAUAAUUUUGGUAAAUUCUUAACAAAACCUUUUGGUUCUGUAAUACAAUUUUUAUAUUUUAUUAUUUCUUUUGUUCCAAUAUUACGUUGGUUACCAAAUUAUUCAAUAAAAAAUUCACUUACUGGUGAUGUAAUGUCUGGUAUUACUAUUGGAAUAGUACAAGUUCCACAAGGGAUAGCAUAUGCUUUAUUAACAGGUGUCGAUCCUAUUUAUGGUUUAUAUUCAUCUUUUUUUGCUAUUGUAUUUUAUAUGUUUUUUGGAACAUCAAAAUAUGUCUCAAUUGGUUCAUUUGCCAUUGUAUCACUAAUGACAGGAGUUGCAGCAAAUAAUGUUAUGAUGAAAAUAGAAAAAGAAGCAUUAACACAACAAGUUUAUUAUUUAGGAAAACAUAGUGGAAAACAGAUUGAUAUGAAUAAUUUGACGGAAAUUUUAUCAAAUGAAUUUAAAAAUUUAGAUAGAAUAACUCUUGUUACAACAUUAACCUUUUUUGUUGGUUUAAUUCAAAUAACAUUAGGAAUGUUACAUUUUGAUUUUCUUGCAUCAUAUCUUUCAGAUCAAGUUGUUUCUGGAUUUGCUGUUGGUGCUGCUGUUCAUGUUUGUGUGGUACAAUUUAAUAAGUUAUUUCAAUUAGAAUCAAAAACAUUUAAUGGUUUUGGUUACAUCAUUAAGCAAUUUAUUGAUGUAUGUGCACGAAUUAACCAUAUGAAUUUACCAUCUGCUUUAAUAUCCUUAUUUGGGUUUCUUUUUUUAUACUUUGGAAAAGAUUUUGUUAAUGUAUAUUAUAAAAAAGAAUUACCAUUACCAAUUCCAUUUGAUUUUUUGUUAGUUGGAAUAACAACAUAUGGAUCAUAUCUUUUUCAAUUUCAUGAAAAAUUUAGUGUUAAAAUUGUUAAUGAAGUUCCAACAGGAUUACAAUAUCCAACAUUACCACGUUUUGAUUUAUUUCCAUAUAUGUUAUCAGAGAUAGCUGAAAUAUCAAUUGUUAUUAUAGCUAUCCAUCUUUCAAUGUGUAAAAUAUUUAAUAGUAAAAUGGGAACUAAAACUGAUAAUAAUCAGGAACUUUAUGCUAUUGGUUUUACUGCAAUGAUAUCAUCAUUUUUUAAAGUUUACCCUGUUUCAUCAGCAUUGGGACGGUCAAUGUUAAAUGUUGAAUGUGGGGCAACAACACAACUUGCUGGUUUUUUUACAGCACUUGUUCUUCUUUCUGUUAUCUUAUUUCUAGGACCAUUGUUAGCAUCACUACCAAUGUGUAUUCUUGCUGUUAUCAUUAUCUUUUCAAUGAAAUCAAUUUUUUCAAAAAUUAAAGAAUUAAAAUCAUUAUGGAGUAUAUCAAAAAUAGAUUUUUUAAUAUGGGUUGUUAGUUUUUUAGCAACAACAGUAUUUAAUGUUAUGCAAGGUCUUUUAAUAUCUAUUAGUUUUGCUUUAGCAACUGUUAUUUUUAGAAUGCAAUGGCCAAAAUGGUAUGAAUUAUCAAGAUUAGGUGAAACAGAAGAAUAUCGUGAUGUUGGAAGAUAUGGAAAUAAUGAAAUAAUAAAUAAUGUUAUUAUUUUUCGUUUUGAUGCACCUUUAUUAUUUAUCAAUGUUGAUCAUUUUCAAAAAUCACUUGAUACAGCACUUAAAAAAUUUAAAAAUUAUGAAUCAAAAUUUAAUAGUAUAGAUGAAGAUUUACCAGGAUCGAAUAAUAAUGAUAUUACAAUAACAUCACAAAUGGUUAAUAAAUCACUUUUUGAAAAAAUAGGUGUUUUACCAAGCAAAAAUGAAAAAGAUAAUUGUAUAAAACAUUUAGUAAUUGACUGUUCUGGUUUUACAGUUGUUGAUUAUACAAGUAUUACGGCAUUAAUGAAUUUAUUUCAUAAAUUUGGAAAAAAAAAUAUAACAAUAUAUUUUGCUGGUGCUAAAGCACCAAUAAGAGAUCAAUUUGAAAAAUGUGGUUUUUAUAUAAAAGUCCCAAAAUCAUUUUUUUACCCAACAAUUCAUGAUGCAAUAUUAGCAAUUAAGUCAUUAAGUGGACCAGAGUUUACCAAAACAUUUAUUCCACAACCAAUAAAUUUAACAAGAAAACGUGGUAGUAUAUUUUAUCAAAGUCAAAUGGAUUUCAGAACAGUUGAUUCAGAAAUUCCAGAUGUAACUUUGUAUAAUUAA